AAAGGGUGUCUUCAUGUGAUGAUGCCCAUUGCCCACCCACCACAAGCCAUGCCAAAAGAUCAAUUAAGACACAUGUUUUUUUACACUUAUAUCCUUGAAAGUAUUUUAUUUACUUGUGUGACUUCAACUUUCAUUAUCAUUUGCUUAUGCAUCUUUGAAAAUUCCAGUUGAGGGGGGAGGGGAAAUUUGACUAGAGAAUAUCUUGUAUGUGAAUUUCUCAGAGACAAACAGAUUAAUGUUGAAAAAAAAAAAAGACAAAUAAACAAGAAUGAUUGUUGAAAGGACUUCUCUCAACAUCACAAUGAGAAAAUAUUUUGGUGAACUUACUAAUGGUUGUUGAGGUUUCAUUCCUUUGUGUUGUAACUUCUUGGAAGGUGGAUAAGGUCCAUCAUAGUGGAUCUUAGGUGCUGCUUUUCUCUUCUUCCUUAUCUGCUCUACUGUGCAUGGUUGCCAAGUUGUAGUAGGGUUCUUCUUUUUUCCAUGCCAGGAUCUGGUAUUUUGGGCUGUUGUUAUUAUUAUUAUUAUUAUUAUUUUUUAUUUGUUCAACCAUUUUGUCCAGCAAAUUUAAUUGAUUUAGGCUUGUUCUUUUGUGAAAUAUGCUUGCUGGAAUGUAAAAGGAUGCAAGCGAUUGCUGCAAAACUUUUUUAUUUGCCUGAUGCAGAAAGUUUAUGAGUUGUAUAUACAUAUAUUUUCUUUAUUGUCACUGGAUCUUGGUUUUCUUUACAUUCAUGGAAUGCUGAAAAUUCAGCAUGAUGUUUCUUAUGUGCUGCAGAUUCUGAUGCCAGUCUUUAAAUUCUUAUUUUGUUCCCUGAACUUUAGUUUAGAUCCUUGGUUACGGAGACUCUGAUGUUGCCUUGAUACUCUUGUUCAAAAUUCAAUUGAUAAAUCUGGCAUGAGUGCUGGGGCAUUGAAGCUAUUGUGUAGGUUUUAAGAUACUACAGGCUGAUUGUUACAAGAGACAUAAGCCCAAUGAAAGAUCAGAACUCUACUUUGCUUUUAUCUGGCAUUCAUAGACGAGUCUCAUUCCAAGAAGGCGCUGAGUUAGAUGGGGUCAGCAUUCCUUUACUCCAUGGAUUUGGAACAUCAGGUGUGAAAAAAAGAGGUCUUGGUAGUCGCUCGUGGGUACAAAUAGAUAAAAAUGGAAAAUCACAGACUCUAGUGCUUGAUAAGGCCACUCUCUUGAAGCGUUGUGGGCUUCCUGCCAGAGACCUGAGGCUCUUAGAUCCGCUAUUUGUGUACCCUUCCACAAUAUUAGGCCGUGAGAAAGCCAUUGUUGUCAGCCUUGAGAAGGUUCGGUGCAUAAUCAUGGCAGAUGAUGUUUUCCUCUUGAAAUCAAUUGAUAGUUGUGUGCUGCAAUAUGAAUCGGAACUUUGCCAACGGCUUCAGACAGUGAAAGAUCAAAAUGAUGACUUGCCUUUUGAAUUCAAAGCUUUGGAGCUUGCUUUGGAGUUAGCUUCUUCAUCACUUGAUUCUCAGGUCACUGGAUUGGAACUUGAAAUAUACCCCGUGCUAGAGGAAUUAGCAUCGUCCAUAAGCACUGUUAAUCUUGAACAUGUUCGUAGGCUGAAAAGUGAUCUUCUUGCACUGACUCAUAGAGUUCAAAAGGUGCGAGAUGAAAUAGAACAACUCAUGGAUGAUGAUGGAGACAUGGCUGAGAUGUACCUAACUGAAAAGAAAGCGAGGAUGGAAACAUAUUUUGCCACGGAACAGUAUGUAAACAAUCUCUCAACCGAAGAUGCUGUCUCCAGAUCUCUGCCUUGUUCACCAACUGGUUCGAGCAUCGGAGAAUCAGGAAAAGCUUGGAGCAGUGCAAUUAUGAGCUUAAGCAAGCAUGAUAGCUCCGCUUCCCGUUCUUCUUCCAACAGAAGGUGGAAUGUAGAAGAGCUGGAGAUGUUACUCGAAGCAUAUUUUGUCGUCAUGGAUUACACAUUAAGCAAAUUAUUAUCUCUAAAAGAGUACAUAGAUGACACCGAGGAUUUUAUAAACAUCAAACUGAACAAUGUUCAGAACCAGCUGAUUCAAUUUGAGUUACUCCUCACAGCUGCGACAUUUUUCGUCACAAUCUUCGCUGUUGUGACCGGUGUUUUUGGGAUGAACUUUGUGGAUUCUGUCUUCGAUAAUCCAUCCAACUUCAAUUCGGUUGUGAUAUAUUCAAGUAUCUGCUGUGCAGUUGCAUACUUGUUUUUCUUGUUGUACUUCAAGCACAAGAGAUUACUGCCCUUGUGAUUCAUUUUGUUUAUGCAUUUUGUAUAUUUACUCCAAUGUUCAUUAGUUAUUUAAUUUUUCUGAAAUUUUUGAA